GCUAGGAUUACAGGCAUGAGCCACUGUGCCCAGUCUCUGGAGGUAUAUAUAUUUUUUAAAGCCUCAUAUCUGUACUAUCUUUAAAAAGUUGGCUAUUUUUACCAACUUGGCUCCUGCCUCUGGCCCCAGUGGUCCAGAGGUUUCUCUUUUUCCUCCCUAGCUGCUUUCCAGAAACUCUAAGGGUAUUCCCCUGACUUUAUGAUGUAGAGCAGUUCAGCUUCCUCCAACCUAUAUCCAAAUGCUUGAGGUCUAAAUUGUCCAGUCAAGGUCACAAGGUGCCCAAACAACUCAUAAGCCUGAGACAGUUUUGAAGUUUCUGUCUUUCCCUUUUUUUUUUCUCCAUGGCCAUCUCUGCAAGGGGAGAAGGCAAAAUAGAGGUUUACUUCUCUCUAAAAUCAACUAUGUUGCUUCACCUAGAAACAACUUCAGUCAGUUUUGGUCAAAUAGACAUUUCCACCCUUUUUCAUUUGCAUAAAACACACGGUCCCCUGACUUCUGUGGACUCCUUGGAGUUGAUCUCCUGUUCCUCCUCCUUGGGCUACAUUCUCUUCUGGCCCUCCAGGCAUGACUCUGUAAGUCCUUCUUAAUUCCCUGCUACCAUAUUUGCACAACAGUUGAGAAACCAGAAUAUCUAUGGUCUAGUUUUCACAAAUACAGAGGUUAUUCACGAAUAUUAAUAUUUUCACUUCUCUUUUCUGCUUUCUGGGUGAGUCAGUUCAGACUUUUUGUUCUGGUCCCUGGGAGCCUUGCUGGGAAGCCCAAUCUGGGUCUGAGAGUGCAUAGAUCGUGGCGGAUGGUGUAUCAUCCCCCAUGGGGCUCUGCAGCCUAGAAAGUGGCACGACCAGGAAGUCAGCAGGUGGAGGAGGCAAAUGAACAGAGGAUUAGACUUUUUCUCCUUUCCUUUGUCAUCUUUCAUCCAUGUGGGUUUUUAUAUUUAUUUACUUACACACAGUUUUAUUCCAAAACUUCUUCGAACUGGGUCAUAAAGCCAACUGCAUAUUGCAAAGUAGAAGAAACUAAGCUUUGAGAAAUCAGGUAAAAAGUGACAAAUGACAGCUGCUGGUGGAAUGCUACCUGUCCUGACUGACCCUCUUGCAAAUGUUGUCUAGGAUGUUUGCAGUGGUCCAGAAGAAAAAAGUUUCCUGUGAGAUCUAUUUCAAUCACUUCAAGGAAAAUAAGGUGGAGAUAGCAAAUGCAAUAACAAAGCUAUUUCCUUUUCUUGAAAGCCUCAGGGACAAUUCCUUUAUCACUGAAAAAAUGUAUGCUAAUUCUCAAGAAGCCUGUGUAAACUUGAUUCCUGUACAGAAAGUUGUGUACCAGGUUCUCUGCCACCUGGAGAAGGUGUUUGAUUGUUCAGUUCUGUCAGUCCUGUUCAGCAAGAGUAACCUGAAAGAGUAUCCUGAUUUAAUUGAGAUUCAUAAAAGCUUCAAAAAGGUGCUCCUCUUUUCCCAGAAAAGGGCUGGAAAAGAAACACCAAAAAUGCCCAGCUUUCUGCCAAGCUGUAAACAAGGGGCAAAGCUAUUCAGAUCCAAAAAUCGGGUGGAACCUAGUUUUGUGCACCUGGAAGACAAACAGAUGGCAAGAACGGCGUGUAAUCAAGUCCCCGAAAUAAUUGUGAUCAGCAGUGAAGACUCUGAUUCCUGUGAUGACGAAGAGCUGCUGGAAGCCUCGAGCACAGCAUCAGAACCUGGACCUGGUGAGAAGGGCAAGGACCACUCGUGCGGUGCUCCAGGACUUCAGGCAUCUUGA